GCCAUGCACUCAAUGUGUCACUACACUGCUGUGUUUAGGACCGUUCGCUAUUCAGAAUAGCCUGUCAUGAUUCCAUCAUGUUACUGAACCGUGUAUUCACCGUUAUAAUAUCGGCAGGCGUCAUCGCUGAAAUAACUUGCGAAAGAUGCGAUAGGACUAAAAUAGGAAACGAAUACUAUAAACGUCAGCUAAUAGCCACGAUUGACGGUUAUCCCACGGGAAUAGUGGUGGACCCACGGACCGAACACAUAUUCUUCAUUCUACACAAAAGAAAUUACACCAAAGGGAUUCACCUGUUGAAGCACGGGUCCCUCGGCAUAAAGGAGUUGCCAGUAUCAGACGAUAUAAUAGGGCAAUGCGUCGGCAUAGAUAAAGUUAAUAAUAUAAUAUACAUCGGCACUAACCAAGGCCUCAUUACAUAUGAUUAUUCCAGAACGGAAAUCUCAGCUGAGCGACCAAUCGGCGACGAUGAUGUACGCAGCAUUUUUAUAGACAGAACUGACAAUCAAAUGUACAUAACAACCGGUACGAAUCACGAGAUAUUCCGAUUCGUGAACGGGUCAGCCGCUGUAAAGCGCUACGAGAAAAUACCUAAAGCGUACAGCUUCAUACUGGACAGUAAAGGAAACGCCUUCUAUGAAUACGUGGACGGGAGAUUAUAUUUCUUCUCGGUUGAUUUCUACGAACCCAUACAGUAUAAAGGUUUCACUAGAGAGUUGAAGUACGUCCUGCGCUUGAAUAACAAUGAUGAAGCAAUCGUAGCCGUGAAAGGUUCCUUGUUCAGACUGUUCACCAAGAGUAUUCUGCCAGUGAAGAUAGGCCAGCUGGGAUUCAAAAUUACAGGGAUGGCUUUCGACCACAAAAGUAAUAUUAUAAUAGGAACAAAAGGAAAGAUAUAUAGAUACAAACCCAUCGACACAAACGACCCCUGUCCCCCGGAAGACUAUUUUAUGACGAGUAUCUAAUGUUCUCUUACAAUACUAUUAAAUAUCACCUCUUAAACAAGUAUUAUAAUGAAAGUGUGUUCGGACCACCGACAAUAGAUGGCGCUUUAAAUAAUUUUUGAAAAAUAAAUAACACUUAAAAGUUAAAA